GCCCCGCCCAUUACGCUGAGCCCUCCGCGGUCUCCCGUACAGCUGAGGUCCAGACGACGACUGUGAGCUUUGGACCAGCCGCCUAAGUAAACCUAAACAAACGCAGAGGUUCAGUCCCAGUAGUGGUUAUAAAGCAGUGCUGCUACCAGAUAGAGUUUAAAGUGAGCAGAAGGAUGUUGUUUUUGGCCACACUCGGCCAAAUUGGAGCCCGAAGAGCUGCGGCUGGGAGAUUUGUGAGGGUCAGCAGGUGCUUCUUUACCAGGAAGAUUGGCCCUUUCUCUUCCUGCUUAUCCUUCUCCAGCCAUUACAGAUGCUUCACUGUCUCAUCUUCUCAAAGGAAAGCUCAAUCAUCACCUACAGCCAAUCAGGAAACACCAUCCUACAGCUAUGUCAUUAUUGGGGCAGGGUCUGCUGGUUGCGUCCUUGCUAACCGCCUCACGGAAGAUGCCCAGGAGUCUGUGCUGCUGCUCGAGGCUGGGCCCAAGGACAAGUGGCUGGGCAGCUUACGGCUCUCGUGGAAGAUCCACAUGCCAGCUGCUCUGACCUACAACCUCUGCGAUGACAAGUAUAACUGGUACUACCACACUUUACCCCAAGCCAACAUGGACAACCGGGUGAUGUACUGGCCGAGGGGUCGUGUCUGGGGAGGGUCCUCUUCACUCAAUGCGAUGGUGUACAUCCGUGGGCACGCUGAAGAUUACAACCGCUGGCAAAGAGAGGGCGCAGAUGGCUGGGAUUAUGAGCAUUGUCUGCCUUACUUCAGGAAAGCUCAGUGUCAUGAGCUGGGAGAAAACAGAUACCGAGGCAGCAGCGGGCCUCUACAUGUGUCCAGAGGGAAAACCAACCACCCCCUUCACAAGGCUUUUAUUGAGGCAGGGCAGCAGGCAGGGUAUCCAUUCACUGAUGACAUGAAUGGAAAUCAACAGGAAGGCGUGGGCUGGAUGGACAUGACCAUUUAUAAAGGGAAGAGGUGGAACACCGCCAGCGCCUACCUGAGACCAGCCCUGGGUCGACCCAAUCUGAAGGCGGAGGUGCGUUGCCUGACCACAAAGAUCCUGUUUGAUGGCAACCGUGCUGUGGGGGUGGAAUACAUUCAGAAUGGACAAAAGAGAAGGGUGUUUGCAGAAAAGGAAGUGAUACUCAGCGGAGGCGCCAUCAAUUCUCCUCAGCUUCUCAUGCUGUCUGGAAUUGGAAAUGCAGAUGACUUGAAACAGCUUGGCAUCCCUGUGAUUCAGCACUUACCAGGUGUUGGUAAUAACCUGCAGGAUCACUUGGAGGUGUAUGUCCAGCAGCAGUGUACUCAGCCUAUCACCCUGUAUAAAGCUCAGAAACCUUUCCACAUGGUCAAGAUCGGCCUCGAGUGGCUCACCAUGUUUACUGGUUAUGGAGCAACAGCCCACUUGGAAAGCGGAGGAUUUAUUCGUAGUCGUCCGAAUGUCACACACCCUGACAUCCAGUUUCACUUCCUGCCCUCACAAGUCAUUGACCAUGGACGAGUUGCCUCCAAAAUAGAGGCUUAUCAGGUUCAUGUUGGACCAAUGAGGAGCACCAGUAUAGGCUGGGUAAAGCUGAAGAGCACCAACCCCCUGGACCACCCCAUCAUUCAGCCAAACUAUCUCUCCACUGAUAUCGACGUGUGGGAGUUCAGGCAGUGUGUCAAGCUCUCCAGAGAGAUUUUUGCCCAGAAGGCCUUCGACCCAUUUCGGGGUCCUGAAGCCCUACCCGGUCCUCAGGUCCAAUCAGAUGCAGAUAUCGAUGCGUUUGUCCGCCAAAAGGCCGACACUGCCUAUCAUCCAUCCUGCACGUGCAAGAUGGGCUCACCCUCUGACCCAAUGGCAGUGGUUGACUCAAGCGCACGCGUUCUGGGCCUGGAGAAGCUUCGUGUGGUCGAUGCCUCCAUCAUGCCCAGCGUUGUCAGUGGAAACCUGAAUGCUCCGACCAUCAUGAUAGCAGAGAAGGUUGCUGAUGUUAUCAGAGGUCGUCCUCCACUCUUCGACUCUGGGGUUCCUGUGUACAAACCUCCAACACUUGACAGCCAGAGAUGAAGAGAGUGUUGCACAGCAUAUCUGUGAGUUGGAAACAUCCUUCAACAGAGUCAGUUUUUAGGCAAGAAUAGCAGUAAAUAACUAAAUGUAUGUUUGAUUAGGAAAUGAUCAUUUUAGUUCUGAGCUGAUAUUGUGAAUGAUUAUUGUGGGAAAGUUGCUGGCCUAACACCUAAUUUCAUACAAAUAUUCAAGGCCAUAAACAGUCUUGCACACAGUUUUAGCACUUUAGAUCUAAAAUUUAAUCUCAGUGUUUUAAGUGUCACGCUGACCUGGCUGCACACUCAUAAACCUCACUGGAGAGGAACAGAUUGCAAAAUCAUUGGCUGUGAUGAAAACUGUGUGUCUGGCCUUACAAGCGAGUCACUCAUGCAUGAAAUGUGUACGUCUUAGAACUUACAAACCAGUAUGUAGUGUGACGGUGGAAAAUUGUGUAACAGCUACAUGAUCGGAAAAAAAAGGGAACCUAUAUUUCUGGGGAUCUGCGUUUCUGAGCACAGUAAAACCAAUGUUUGUUUGUUUUUUUGUGUUCUCUUUCUCAAGAUUUGGAAAUAUAUUUUCACUUCUCUGCAUUUCAAAAAAAAAAAAAAAAGCCUUCAGUGAUUAUAUCUCAUCAAUGUGGUUUAUAGCUGCAGUGAGCAGCCGGAGCAACCUGUACAGUUUGCCCAGCCUCAGCAGCACGCUCUUUUGUCUGUUCAAAUCAGAUAUCACCAAAAUAUGGCUCUAACAUUCCUCUUCCUUCCUGAAAACUUGCAGGUUCAACAGUUUGAUAAUUUUUUAUUUUAUUUAUUUAUUUUUUUUUGCCCAGUGGGUUUGCUGCACACAUUUCUCAUGAAGGAGACAGUGAUAAAAAUCCAAAAUGUGAUUUACAUUCACUUCAGUCAGAUUUCACAUUAUUGAGCCUGUUUUUCUAACAGUUUCCAGAGCUACGUCUUUAGCAUCAACAUGUGCUGAAAAUAUUUAGUUUCAUUACGCUGUUGGCAUGACAGCAUAGUAUUGAACAGGCACGGAUGAAGGAACAGAAUAAACUUUCUUUGAAAAUAGGCUUUUUUUUCCUUACGUGAGUGCUGCAUUUUCCUCUUCUACAUCUAAACAGACUUCAAUCUUAUUUAGCGGCUCAGAGGAAAACAAGCACAAAGAGACCCAGGAAGUGCAGCGCUGAUGUAAACUGGACCAAACUCUGAUUCAAACUCUGAUUCAAACUUGAAGAAUAAAGCCAGCUGCCUGAAAGGUGUUUGCUACACUAUUAUAAUCAGACUUGAAGCCGUUACAUGUGCCUCUAGAUUUAACAGUCAGUUAAAGGAGCAGUCCUCGUAAAUGCUCUCUCAUUGCAUUUGUUAAACUGUGUUUAGUUGCUCUGUGUGAUCCACACUAUUUGCCACUGAGUCCUCACAUUUCACAUCUCACAGCUUUUGGCUCAGAUCAGCCUGAAAGUUGCCUAAACAGUAAUUCAUGGAAAAUUGUUUUUAACACUUAAUCUUUAUAUACACUAACAAUUUUGAAAACUAACUUUUGUACACCACUUUUUUUUCCCUGAAAGUGUUGUGAAUUUUUACAAAUCUGUUCAUGAUUGUGAUUUUUUUGUAUCUAACUAUAAUAUCACUUGGUGCCUAUAAGAUUGUUAUGAUCUGAAUUGUGUUUAUUCAUGUAUUUGUAGCACGUGGCUACAGUGUGUUUCAGUUUGGUCCAGCUAGAACUGACACGCAGCGGUGCUGAGAUUUUAGACUUUGCUUCACUGAAUAAUCAGAGUCAGUGUGUGUUAUUAACUAUAAUGAAAACACUAGUUUAAAUUAGAAUUAUGUCUCAUUAAUCUUUGCACUACACCAUAGGAAACUUAAUCACUGUGACAAUAAUUGUUUACAUUAUAAUGCAGUGUUGUACAAAUGAAUGCCAUGAAUGAAUGUAUCUUAAUGAAGGUGGAAUAUAAAGAGAAACUUCAAAUCUGUCGAAGCCUUUCUGUUGUUUUUCUUGUACCGACACUAAACGGAGCCUCCUGACUUUGUCCUCGUGACUUUAUUCAGUGAUCGUUACAAAAAUCAGCAGGUUCAUCGUCAUUCCAGGCAAAACUUCAAAUGUACAAAACAGGGCUUUUGUUUUCAUUGGUACAAAAUUUAUAAGGUACUAGUACUUAUGCUACAAAGUAAGAUAGAGCUAUUCUUGUUUUUGUUUUGUUUUUUUUUUUACAUUUUCAUACAACAACUGGGUAGAAAGCAGAGAUCUUCAAGUUAAUUGCGUUCUUUUUACAAACACUGUACAGAUUUUAUACAUCAUUGUCAGUUUAUAGACAUUUGUAAAGCAGUGGAACAGUACAAAAAAAAUAAAG